AUGGGAAAAAGAGGACCAAAGCGGGGCCAGGGGAGGGAGCAAGUGGAGGGGCGUCAAAAAACGGGGAUGGAAGGGGGAGAGAGAGAAGGCAAAGAGGAAAGGGCAGGGGGAGAAAAAGGAGAGGAGUCGUGGCGGGCAGGAGGACAGAAGAAACUGAGUGUUCGGGGGCGAGGGGGGCGGAAAGGAGGGGGCGCUAAGGGACAAUGUGGGAGGAAUGGAAGGGACGUGCGGGACCCCGGAAAGGAACGGGGUGCAACGCACCACGAGCAGUCAGGACCUAUAACGUGGCCACGGCGCGCAGAAACGAGGAGACGAAAAGGGAGACCGGGAAGAACACAGGCACCGCAAGGGAGAGCCGAGGAAAGCAGAAGAUCGAACCGAGAUGGAGGCGAGCAAAGGCCAAGUGAAAAGGCGAAAAAGGGAGGAGGAAAGAGGAAUACGGAGCAAAGGCCAAGGAAUAAGGGCGUAAAAGGGAAACAG